GCGGCGGCGGCGGGUCCGGGAAGGCCGCUGGUGGAGGGCGAGCGGGGGCCGGCUGCUGCCCCGGCGGGCGGAGGAGGAUGAGCAGGAUGAGGCGCGCCUGGCUGCUGUGGGCCGCUCUCUGGGCCCUGCUGCUCCCGCGGGUAAAUGCACAGGAGGGAAUCCUGCAUGCUUCUGGAAAUGGGAUACCCCCAUUAACAAAGGAUUACUGCAUACGUUACAGUCCUUCUUGGGUAUCUCUUCCAAAUACCCUGGAUAACAUUACUUCCAGUAGUUUGGAGAACUUGACCUCUAAAGUGUUCUGCAGUAAUUCUGAAGUUCCUUCUACUCUUGUAAUAAAGGACAAGGCAGUUGUAGUGAUGAGGGGAAACUGCUCAUUUGUGGAUAAAGCGAGAACUGCUCAAAGUCAUGGUGCUAAAAUACUGCUGAUUGCCAGUAAAAGUGGUCUAUCUUCUCCUUCAGGUAACAAGACUGAUGUACAAAACGUAACCAUUCCAGUUGCUCUUGUAAGAUAUUAUGAUAUAAUGGAUAUGCAGCAGGCCCUUGGAGCAAGCAUUAAUGUGACACUCUAUUCACCAUCUUUGCCAGAGUUUGACUACAGUAUGGUUGUCAUCUUUCUAAUUGCUGUGCUCACUGUGGCGCUGGGAGGCUACUGGAGUGGAGUAUCAGAGCUUGAGGAUUUAAAGGCAGUGACAAACCCUGAAGACAGAGAAACGAGAAGAAAGAAAGAGGAAAACGUUACUUUCACCCCUCUAACGGUUAUCAUAUUUGUGGUAAUCUGUUGUGCCAUGCUACUCUUACUUUAUUUCUUCUACAAAUGGCUAGUGUAUGUAAUAAUAUCAGUUUUCUGUUUGGCAUCUGCAAUGAGCCUGUACAACUGUCUUUCUGCUCUAAUUAGAAAAAUAUCAUUUGGGCAAUGCAGGAUUUCAUGUUGCAACAAAAGUAUUGAAGUGAGACUUAUUUUUCUUGCUGGAUUCUGCAUAGCCACAGCUGUUGUUUGGGCAGUGUUUCGAAAUGAAGAUAGGUGGGCUUGGAUUUUACAAGAUAUCUUGGGAGUUGCUUUUUGCCUAAACUUUAUUAAAACACUGAAAAUGCCCAACUUUAAGUCAUGUGUGAUACUUCUAGGUCUCCUUCUUUUGUACGAUGUAUUUUUCGUCUUCAUAACACCAUUUAUCACCAAGAAUGGGGAAAGUAUAAUGGUUGAAGUUGCAGCUGGUCCUUUUGGUAACAGUGAAAAGAAUGAUGGAAACUUGGUGGAAGGCCCUGCUGAACGCUCAGCUCCCCAUGAGAAAUUACCAGUCGUUAUUAGGGUACCUAGACUUGAAUACUCUGCACUGACGAUAUGUGGAAUGCCGUUUUCACUACUGGGUUUCGGAGACAUCAUUGUACCAGGUCUCCUGGUUGCCUAUUGUCGAAGAUUUGAUAUUCAGACAAGAUCGUCUUCUGUAUAUUAUGUUUCCUGCACUAUAGCUUAUGCUGUUGGCAUGGUGUUGACUUUUGUUGUUCUGGCACUGAUGAAGAUGGGACAGCCAGCCCUUCUCUAUUUGGUACCAUGUACACUCAUUACCAGCUCACUUGUUGCCUGGAGACGCAAGGAGAUGAAGAAGUUUUGGCAAGGUAGCAGCUAUCAGGUGUUGGACUCCUCCAGGAAGCCUUUGCUACAAGGUAAUUGAAGCAGAUAUUUAUGAAGUCAUUG